CUCACCCACCACUGUUUUGCCAUUCCAACUACCAACCUACCAGUUUUUUUCUUUCUCUUUCUCUUUUGAGGGACAGAGUGAUGGGGCAGAAGAGCAUGGAAGCUCCACUUCUGGGCAAUCAUGGGUUGGCAAAUAGCCAAGGGAAGAGUUGGAGGAGCAAGGCUCUGCGCUUCCUUCUUGCAUUUCUAACCGUUACAAUUGUAUGCCUUAUCUUCGGUGACAACUUGAGUUCUUUGGUGCUAAGAGGAGGAAACAAGCAUGAAAAGAGGAUUGGUGGCAGUGAUGCUGACAUUGUUGAGUCAGAUCAGGGUGUUGUUGCUGCUGAUGAUGGUCGAUGCUCUGAAAUCGGCGCAGCCUUUCUCAGGCAGGGUGCGCAUGCUGUUGAUGCUGCAGUGGCAACCGCAUUAUGCGUCGGUGUUGUUAACCCAAUGGCUAGUGGGAUAGGAGGUGGAGCUUUCAUGAUUGUCCGGUCUUCCUCAACCUCACAAACCCAAGCUUUUGACAUGAGAGAAACUGCUCCCUUAGCUGCUUCACAGGAUAUGUAUGAGAACAAUCCCCAAUCCAAAGCUAUUGGUGCACUUGCAAUGGGAGUUCCUGGAGAGAUAGCUGGGCUUCAUGAAGCUUGGUUGCAACACGGGCGUUUGGCCUGGAGGAAUUUAUUCCAACCCGCCAUAAAACUAGCUAAAGAAGGAUUUGUGAUUGCUCCUUAUCUGGCACAGCACAUAAAUACGCAUGCAAAUAUGAUCUUGAACGACGUUGGUUUAAGUCAAAUAUUUGCACCAAAAGGGAAGUUGUUGCAGGCGGGUGAUACAUGCUACAAUGUGGAGCUUGGCCGCAGCUUAGAGGCUGUGGCAGAGCAGGGGCCUCAAGCUUUCUACAAUGGGACUGUUGGUGAGAAGUUGGUGAAGGAUGUGAGAGAGGCAGGUGGGAUUUUAACAAUGGAGGAUUUGAGGAGUUAUAAAGUGGAUGUAACAGAUGCAAUGGCCGUCAAUGUGUUGGGCUACACAAUACUUGGAAUGCCACCUCCUUCAAGUGGAACAGUCGGCCUUUCUCUGGUUCUAAAGAUUUUUGACAGCUAUGGAAGUUCCAAUGCUGCAAAUGGAAAUCUGGGUGUACAUCGCCUGGUUGAAGCACUGAAACACAUGUAUGCUGUCCGAAUGAACUUGGGAGACCCUAAAUUCGUUGAUGUGAGUGAAUAUGUAUCUGACAUGCUCUCGCCAUCUUUUGCAAAGCAAAUUCAGCAAAAGAUACUCGACAACACCACUUUUCCUCCAGAAUACUAUAUGAGCAGGUGGAGUCAGCUGAGAGAUCACGGAACCAGUCAUUUCUGCAUUGUAGAUGCAGAUAGAAAUGCUGUAUCAAUGACCACUACAGUAAAUUUUCCUUUUGGAGCUGGGGUGCUCUCUCCUUCCACUGGGAUUGUGCUGAAUAAUGAGAUGGAUGACUUCUCAACCCCCACGGAGAUUACCCCAGAUAGACUCCCUCCUUCUCCGGCAAAUUUUAUCAAACCAAGUAAAAGACCAUUAUCUUCCAUGACUCCAAUCAUUGUUACCAAGGAUAAUCAGCUGGCAGGGGCACUUGGCGGCAGUGGUGGUAUGGACAUAAUUCCAGCAGUAGUCCAGGUUUUUAUCAACCAUUUUCUCUUGGGGUUGGAACCAUUAGCUGCAGUUCAGAAUCCAAGAGUCUACCACAAGCUAAUACCAAAUGUGGUUUUGUAUGAAAACUGGACUGUGAUUGAUGGCGACCACAUUGAGCUUCCAGAUGAAAGAAAGCUCUUCUUGAAAGAGCUGGGUCAUGAACUGAAGGCCAGAGCAGGAGGAGCAAUCACCCAGUUUGUGGUUCAAACCCUCCAAAGCCCCAUUAAAAUGGGCAGAAAAUGCGGAAAAGAUUGUAAUGCCAACAUAUUCCAUGGUACACUCACUGCUGUUAGUGACCCUAGAAAGAACGGGAGGCCGGCGGCCAUUUAGUCCCCACUUCUCUUUCUGGUUGAAAUAUUGUGAGGGAGGGAGAGCAGGCCUUCCCUUGAAGUGUUUCAAGCUUGGCCUGCAAAUUUGUAAUGUUGUAAUCUCAAAACAUUAAUUAUUUUUUGUAAAUAUCAUUAUCAACUUGGUCUAUGAAUAUUCUGUGC